UUCCAAGUUGAUCGCCGUCCUCCCGAAAACGUUGAACACGUUUAACCACGUUUAACCAGUCAACACCAAUGCCCUCGCGCGACAAGAAUAAUGAACUGGGUAUCGUGACGACAGUUUCCUGUAUUACUUGCGACAUAUGACGUUGAGUCUAGUCUUAUCGUACACGACCUCUCUAGGUUGGAAAGUCGAUAGUUGAAGGUUGAAGGUCCAAGAUAGUAGGGUGGUCCGGCACGACGGGAAUUGUUUUGGUGUUUGGUGUUUUCUUAUUCCACAUCCACAUUCUACAUUCUACAUUCUAAAUUCUACGUUCUACCUUUUACAUUCCACCUUCCAGGUUCUACGUCCUCACCCAGGUAACCGUUCUUUUUUUUUCGCAAUCGCCUUAUCAACCCUAACGGCGUAUACUUCUUGUCAUUCUUUCCGAGACAUUUUACACCAAUACUAUACACACUUUCCUUUUUUUAUUGGUUCAACCUUACAUAUAACCCGACGUAUUUCCAAGGUCGGCGGUACCUACCGACGUCGUCAAUAUGGCAACGUCACCACCGACAUCGCCAGGUUUACCACGCCCCAUGAGCGUCAUGGUCAAGCCAGCACCCAGAAGUAACAGUCGUCUUAGUAUGACGAGCAAGACCGGUGGAGGUGGCGGAAGCAGAGGAUCAGACGAAGAUGGCGGCCGUACUUCUGUCAAAGUUGCCGUUCGUGUUCGACCAGCUCUCAAACCUACUGACCCUGGUUAUGAGCUUAUACCUCAACGAUUCCAACGGUCAAUGGUUCAAACUACUUCUAACACAGGUAUUGCCAUCGAUGCGCCUCAAGGAAAGAAGUUGUUUGUUUUUGAUCGAGUUUUCGGCGCCGAAGUUACCCAGGAAGGAAUCUGGGAAUAUCUUUCUGAAAGCGUCAAUGCUUUUCUUCAAGGUUACAAUGUCUCCCUCCUCGCCUAUGGUCAAUCUGGUGCAGGUAAAUCCUACACCAUGGGAACAUCUGGUCCCUCAGAACAGGGUGACACGGAAGUAAUGGGUGUAAUCCCACGAGCUGCGAUGGCUUUAUUCGAGAAGUUGGAUGGUCACCCGCGGGGCUCCAAUCGCAGUUCCAUGUCCCAGCUAAAAACACCAGCUCGCUAUUCCAUCCAAUCACCGACACCCAAGGUUGAAAAGAAUUGGACAUUGAAGGCGACAUACGUCGAGAUCUACAACGAGCAACUUCGCGACUUGCUCGUGCCGGAUCAUCUUCAACCGUCCGAGCGAGGCAAUGUGACUAUCCGAGAAGAUACGAAGGGAAAUAUCCUUCUUACUGGCUUGCAGCAAGUUGACAUCAACUCAGUAGAUGACUUGAUGAAUGCUUUGAACUUCGGUUCGACAAUCCGACAAACUGACGCGACAGCUAUUAAUGCCAAAUCUUCACGAUCACAUGCAGUAUUUAGUCUAAAUCUUGUACAGCGCAAAAGCAAGGCGCAAACCGCCCAGGGAGCUAACAAGAGAUUCUCUGUUCCCUUAGAGGCCAUGACGGGAACCGACACUUAUGUCACGACUGACAGCAAACUGCACUUCGUCGAUUUAGCUGGUAGUGAACGUUUGAAAAAUACCGGUGCGCAGGGUGAGCGGGCCCGCGAAGGUAUCUCGAUCAACGCUGGUCUUGCCGCUUUAGGCAAGGUUAUAUCCCAACUUUCCUCUAGACAAGCCGGAUCUCACGUUUCCUACCGCGAUUCGAGAUUAACGAGACUCCUUCAGGAUUCCCUAGGCGGGAAUGCUAUAACGUACAUGAUCGCCUGUGUGACUCCCGCAGAAUUUCAUCUUAGCGAAACCCUCAAUACGGUACAAUACGCACAGAGAGCCCGUGCAAUUCAAAGCAAGCCCAGGAUUCAGCAGGUAGAGGAGGGUGACAAGCAGGCAAUUAUCGAGCGACUAAAGGCCGAGGUGGCUUUCUUACGCGAACAGAUCCGAAGUGCUGAGCGCAGUGGGGGCGAGCGUCGCAAUGUCCCAGCAACCGAGAGGUCCGAGCGACAGAAUGAGCGGGAAACCGAAUUACAAAACUCUCUCUUGGAUGCUCAGGAAAGUUAUAAUACCCUGAGUCAACGUCAUGCGAAACUUAUUGCCGAGAUGGCUAAGGCCCGGAACGACGAAGCCGCUGAGAGCCAAUCCAUAGAGGACAAUUUCGGUGACGUCGCAACCGAAAGAUUGAACCGUUCUAAUUCGUUCGCUCAGGCCGUUGAACAGGUUGUUUUAGAAUAUGAAAAGACGAUCCAAUCGCUCGAGCAGUCACUCACUAGCACACGGGCCACACUCUCAAACACUGAAACAAAUCUUCUAGAGAAGGAAACCAAGUGUGCUUAUGUUGAGACUCUCAAUACCCAACUCCAUGCCCGUCUACAGAAAGUAAUGGAUCGAGAAGCCAACACGGAGAGUUAUCUCCAUGACCUAGAGAACAAGCUCGAUGGCCACACUUCUGGCGAAGAGAAGAAUGCCACUAUCGUUCUGGAAUUACGAAAGGAGAUCGCUCGUAUUCGAGAGAAUGAAGGUGCCGCCGAGGACUACAUUUCCACCCUUGAGGAAAGACUUGCCGAAUCUGACCAGGACCAAGAGUUGAUGCAGCGCGAAAUUGAUCGUCUUGAACAGGUUAUCGAACGCCAACGAAGUCUUGGAAAACUGGACAAUCUUCUCCACGAACUAGAUCACAUCCAUCAGGACGGUAAACCAUCUGACACCCAAUCCGAGCAUAGCAAUGGCAUUGGACACCGCCGUACCUUUUCGGAACGAUCGACUAAGAGCCACUCGAGUCGACCAAGUCUAGGUGUCAGAGGCGUGCUUCCCGAAGUGGCCGAAGGUACCGAGGAAGACGUCAGUGAACAAGCUUAUAAUGAAGGAGAAGCCGGUGAUCGUGAGGGUCCUCGGACGCCAGCCGAAGGUGCGGAGGACAACUCGACAUCUGUUGAUUAUCCACCCCAAAGCCCAGCUCAAACCAAGUUCGUCGCUGAUAAACUUGAGAACGUAUCCGAAGAACUAGUUUCCCUGCGAGUUGAACAUGAAGCAACCCUUAACGAGUAUGACAUGCUUCAUGCUAAAUAUGAUGAGGCGUUGCGAGCACUAGCAGAAUUACAAGACCAGGUUGACGAGGCGCGACACCCCAACCGCCAACGCGAUUCGCUCUUGUCAGUCACUUCCCCUAACCAAACUAGGCCGUCGAGUUUUUUAUCGGACGCGAGGUCCAGCGACAUCAAAGAUGGAACCGUCUUAUCACGAUCGCUCUCAUCGGAAUUAUCCUCAGCUAUGGACUCCCCUACUACUUUGGAUACACCAGUGAUCGAGACACAUAAGCCUACCGAAUCUCGUGAAACGCUUGUGACAGGAACUGUUAACAACGAUAACGGCGAGAACCUAGCUGUCGAGGUAGAAAGACUGAAGGCAUUGGCAGAAGAGAAGCAGGCUGCCGAGAAAGAGCUUGCAGACAAGUACGCUGAACUAGAGGAGAGGCAUCUGGAGACUCUGGACAUGGUUGAAGAGCUGAAGACCGAAGUUGCGAAGGCGAAGUACGCGGAGCCACCAUCUCCAAGGAUGGCUACACCAGUGAUACGCCGAAAGUCUAGCCAGAAUGUCCUAGUUAUUGACAGGGCACACCGAUCUUUUGCGACGCUCCGAAACCUCGCUGCUGAAAACUUCGAAGAGCAACCUGACAUAAUGCAGAACUUUGAUCUCAAUCUCAAUGCCGCUAUGCACGAGCUACACGCCAGGUCAGAGCGCAUUCAAGAGUUGGAAGCCGAUGUUGCAACCGCCAGGAAAGAAAUGGAAACCAAGAUGACCAUUAUCUCGGGGCUAACGCGAGAACGAUCCAGUUUGAAGUCGAGCCCUAUAGACAUGUCCAUGGUUGCCGCAUUGAGGGAACAACUGGAAAGAAAUGAGAAACAACUACAAGGAAUGAAGGAAGCACACGAUGCCCGCGAAAAGGAGCUUGUUUCCGAAUUGGAAGCUCUACGAACAUCUAUCAACGCCACUGGUGAGGUCAAGCCGACAUCAGUAACGCAGACCGAAGACCGUAGUAAUCAAGGUGAUGAGCUACGCGCCGCUCAAGAAGAGAAGAUUAUCUAUCUUCAAGCUGAACUCUCGACUUGGCAAGAUAAACACCAAGCUGCUCUAGAUGCACUCCGGUCUGCCGAAGAACAGAUGCAAAAGACCAUCAGUGAAUUCGAGGCCGAAAUUGCCUUUGUUAAUGCCAAACUCAAUGAGUCCCAAGAACACGCGAGGAGCGACGAGGAAUCAAAAGAAGUAGAGAAUAGGCACCAAAAUAUUGUGACGGCACUCCGUGUCGAGAUUAAUGAUCUCAAGACGAUUAUUGGCGGUAAUGUAACUAAAGUUGCUCUACUGGAACAGGCACAUGCUCUCGCGAAGGAACAGCUCGAGGAGGCUUCUAAGGCGCGCGAUAUUGCAUCUGCCGAGUCCCGCAGCUACCAAGAACUUGUUGGUCGACUCGAAAUUCAGAUCGAAGAACACCAGAAAGCGCUUAAGACUCACGAGCUGAGCUUAGUUCAACUGCGCGACGAUCACGUGAAGGAACUUAACGCAAUCAGCACUGCCUCUAAAGAAGAGUAUGAUGCUCAAGUCAACGAACUCUUGCGAGAGCACGCCGAAAACAUCAAAUUGCUAGAAAGCGAUGCCGCCGAUGCUCGCGACGAACUUAUGAAGAUCGCUACCCAGGUGGCUUUUGCCUUAGGCCUUGAUGUUAGCCUCGAAAAGAUCAGCGAACGUAUUGAUUACCUGAUCGCAGAUCAGAAAACUUUGACUAUUGAGCAACACAAAUCGGCCGAGCUUGAAGGUCACCUUGAUGAACUUUCAGCUAUCAACAACACUAUCAUGCGCGAUCUUGAAGCUGUGAAGUCUUGGUUAAAUGACAUGCUUUAUUCCGACGGCGAGAACUUGAAGAGCCCAUACCCCUCUGUAAUAGAGCAGCUUACAGCAGUUAAGAAGAGGAUGGCUGACCUUGAGAAUAAGAGUAAGAAACAUUCUCGUCUAGUGGAGGAGUUGGAAGAUCAGCUCCAAACCAAUUACGAUCAAGCUCUACUCACCAACAACCGAUUGUCAACGCUCCAGACAGAGCGUAACAUGCAAUUGGAGGAGGCUACCACAGCCAAAAUCAAGGCACAAGCCGAACUGGACACUCUCCGGGAUGAGAUGGCUGCCCUCCAGGCUCAUGUUGAUGAGGUCACAAACGGUGAUACACCGAAGAGAACUGGCUCAACGAGUUCACAGGUCCGUAAGACGGCAUCUGUCGUCUCUUUGCCGUCUCCACCCCCCGCCAUCCCUCUCCCGCCUCUACCUCCUACUGGUGCGACUUCACCGACACAAGGUGUGCCACCAACGCCAACUGGCGGUCGGCCAACCAGUCAUGACCUUGCUUUAGCCCAGAUCCGAGAAGAUCAGGAAGCCAGGAUCCAGAGCAUUGAGAGGCAUCUAAAGGCCGAGAGGCAAUUAACUGCCACUUUGGAAGAAGCUCUCACCGAUCUAGAGAACCAGUCUAAGAAGAGCAAGGCUGAUAGCGAGGCCUGGCGAAAGCGUGCCCAGGAGCUUGAGACCGAAGUCAAAGAGCUCAAGGAACGCCCCCAACAAGACAACCGAUGGCGCGAUAGCCUUCACCAGAUUGAAGAGGAGCGCAAGAAACGGCAAGAUGCCGAAAGGGCGAGAACCCAUCUUGAGGAGCGUAUGAACGCAAUUAAUAACAAGAAGAAGAAGAAGGGUAGCCUCAACUGCUUUUAGUCGCGGAGUUGGUGUGGUAUGCUUUUAGCAGUCUUUCUCAUAUGUCUUGCUGUUAUUAUCGCGUACUAUGUCCACCCUCCGUUGCCCCGUCAUCUUGUUUGCCAGAAGUCCCGCUUUACCGCCUACAUGCAGCAUAUUUGGCAAGGAGUUUAAGGAGUCUCACAGCCUAUUUCUGCUCAGCAUGUCGAACUCGUUCACAUCCCGAGUUUCUUCUGGCGUUUUUACUGGCUAGAAAGCUAGAAAUCAUACAUCUCGCGACCUUUUAACCCUUAAUCAUUCACCCACCUUCUUCCACCACAGACAAACACGAACGAUCUGAACGGGAUACGAACGAAUCGCAGUUAGGAUGUGUUUAUGGAAUGACUUUGCGCAAGCACUGUCGCUUGCUGGAAACUUUUUUUACCUUCACAUAGUCAUUUCCCCUCGACGUCGCGGCACACAUGGGGCCGGGCGGAGAGGUUUAGCUAGGCGUAGCAGGCUUUUUGUUACCUGAGAUACCACUUGAGAAGUUUCUAUUCUCUUUUCUUUUCUAUGUUGUGUUUUUCCAGUUAUGUCAUCGGUGAUCUGCCAUGGGCGUUGGGGAGAUGAUUGGCUUACCGCCGAAUGCCAUUUCGAUGCUCUUGCACAUGGAAGGAUAGUAGCUAAAGUUGACGACUUGGAAGUUAUUGGGGAUGAGACAUACCCGGCUUCACCAUUGUUCAUAGUACCCAACAGAUUAAGAAUCCUAGAUGUCUCUCUAAGUUGA